UGUGACGUAAUUACCGAAAAGGUCUAUUACGUAAUUCGAAAAUAACAUCCAAUGAAAUUUGGUCUAUAAUAUCACGUGACAUUUAAAACCGCCGAGGGAAAAUACUUGAAAAUUUGAAAAUAGCAGUAUAUUUUUUGUUGUUUGUAAUUGUACCAAAUAAUAUUUAAAGCAAAUUUUUGCUUUUGGUAUGGAAGAACUGCAUAGCAAUCUCUCGUCAGAUCUUGUAGAAAAUGAAAAAUUUGAUUUUGAUUUGGCAUUUUCACCAGAUAUAUUCCCAAACCAAAUAAAUGACUCCAAAGGGAAAGAUGAAGAAGAAGUCUUUUUUGGUCCUGUUGGCUUCACAGAGCAAUGUGUAGCAACUCGCAUAAACGUCUUACAAGAAGAAAGCAACAUAAUUCCAUUAAGCCCACUUACAGAAGAACAAGUUGUUGAAGUCUUUAAGGAAGCAACCAAAGUUGCCUUGCAAUUUGAAAAACUAUCUGAUGAAGCAAAGAGUUGCAUUUCAACCUCUAUUUCAAGCAAUAGUCCAGUUUGCAGUUCAAUAUUAAAGCUAUAUGGUGGUUCUAAGUCUCCAUGUCCGCUAACAGGCAAAUUAUCAAGUGAUAGCCCAAAAAAGAGUUAUACUCAAUUUGAAUUAGAUUUUAAGGAGAAUAUUCAACCCCUGUUAAGUGAAGAGAAAUUUCAUGCUUAUGAAAAUGGGCACAUUGACCUGGCAGAUAAAAAUGUGAAGUCAUACCCUGCAAACUUUGAAAGUGAUAAAAUUAUGAGCAGUACAAAUGAAAAAAAGAAUAAUACAAAAAAGAAUAAAGUUGAUCAAAAAGAACAGAUUGAAAUAUCUGUCCAAAAUGAGCCUACAAUGUUGGAAAAGAUCAUUUUUGAAAAAGACAGUGAACAAGUUGAUGGCAAAAUGGUUCUAGAAAGGGUGAUGGCUGAAAUAGAUGCAGCUGAGACAAAAGACACAAAGUACAAAAAGAAUCCAUUAGCAAAAGUCCAAAAAUCAAAUUUACCUAAAUUUGGGCUUAGAAAUUCCAGAUUGCCAAAGUCUGUUAAUACUGAGAAGUCACAAAGUGCAUUUAGUUCACCAAUCAAGACAACGGGCUCCAGCAAAAAACGCGAGGAUGAAAGAAAUAAAACGGCGCGAAUGGAAAAAUUAACGAAAAAUGCUGAGAAAUCUGGAGUAAAAAAAUCAAGCACUAAGUUGCAAAAGAGCGUUCCUGCAAAACAGACACAGGCUUCUCCUAAAGUUCACUCAAAACUAGCCAAACCUUUAGCUAAACGGAAAAUAUUCGACUCCUCUGAGUCCCUCUAUAAAUUAGAAACAAAGGAUCUCAAAACUAAGUCGAAGCCUAAGCUCCAAGUUCCAGAGCAAAGUAAAAUUCCUGCCGUGAAACCCCGUCGUAGAAGACGAAGUAGUUCCUUAUCAUCACUCGAUUCGUCCCAGUCUUCAGCAUCGUCACAUACCUCACCAGAUGAUAAUGCAACAAGUAAAUUAAAGCGGCCAUCGACAAAAAUUCCGACAACGAAAGCAAGCCUGGCGUCAUCCUUUGGCUUAAUUCGACGAUCUAAAUUUCAAGACACAACCGCUGAUAAGAAGCCUCAACCACUGAAGGCUCUACCUCGACCUGGGUUUGCGCCAUCGGUCAAGAGUAGCAAAACUGAUACAAAAUCAGUAAAAGAAACGCCACAAGCUUCAACAGAAUUGGAGGUGAAAGAUAACAAAAUGCCAAUGCCAGCCACGCCUAGAUCAACGUCAUCGUUGCCUGUUGCAAAGCGACGUUCAAGUUUCAAAUCUUCUAUGUCUAGUACCAGUUCCCGAGAAAGCUCCCCACUGAAAUAUUCCACUCCAAGUAAACCAAUGGGAAAAAUUCCAGAGCCCCGGGCAACAACGUCUACAUGUAAAAGACGAUCAUCGAACCCAACCCCGUCAAGCAGAGUACCAUCAUCCACGUCAAGAAUAUUAAGAAGUUUAGGAGAUGAUAGCCUUUUACUAUCACCGGCUUCGAGACGAAAGAAAAGUCAAGAAAGCGCCACCAAGUCAAAGACAAACAGAAAGUUGAUUCCUGACGACGACCCGCACUCGAUCAAUAUUGCAUCAACUCACACCGUAGAUGAUUUACUGGACUGUGAUAAUUCCGACGCAGUGUUCAAGGAUAUCGUUCCAAUUCAACCCACACCGGUUGAGCAGGCGGACCUUAUUGAUUUAUCUGGGUUUUAAUAUUAUUGGACAGCAGAUGCAAAC